AUGGCGGGAAUAUCAUCAAGCACAAUGAUUCGCCCCGGCGGAGAAGCCACUGUGCAUGCUGCAACACCAUCCAGGACCUCAGUGGCCUUUGCUUCCCCUCCGCGUGACCCACUGCGUCAGCCAUUCAAGAUGAUGCGCCUCUGCCUCCCCUCCGCGUUCCUGCGCCUCGCGGACGAGCACGAUUUGGAGAACCAGGCAGUCCCAGUCACUUCCCCAGAGCGCCUCGUUGACCCCUCCCACUCGCUUCCCUUGAACGACGAUCUCUCUUGUCCUCAAGGCGCCAAAUUCCCUGGGUUAGCGGCAGCAGCGCCGCUCAAAGACACGCUUUCAUCAUCAAGAGACGCGUGUGAUCUACUGACUGCUGCUGCUGCUGAGCAAAAUGCUGCUGAGAGGAAUGCUACAGGGUGGGCUGAUCGUGCUUCUCUGGAAGCAGGCCGAGCAUCUCUGGACGCGCAGCAGGGAAUGAGCCGCUUGCCACCACGCCCCGGAGGCAGCGGCCGAGUCUCCCUGGAGGAAUCGUGCUGCGGCCGCUCCUACCGCUGCGACAACAUGUGCUUCCGAGGCUUGGAGGCGUUUCCGGGAGAGCCCACACGACGAUCUGAUGCCGCCUCUCCACGCCACUCUGCGCUCAAGAAGCCCCUGGAAAGGAAGCCAUCAGGCAGCAUUCCGCGGGUCAUGAGCGACUUUGAUCCGAUCUCUUCGCGUCAUUCUGACCCGGAUCUUGCUCUGAUUGAGGAGGCCCUGGGUCUCUCACAGCAAGACAGCCUCCAUACGGACACCUUGAGGGAGGAGAGCCAUUCUGACCCGGGUCACAUUCGUGGCGAUUCUCUCUGUGGGGGGUGUUCUUGGCGUGCUGCUGAGCUGGCGUGCAGUCCAAUGUGGGUGGAUAGCGCCAGGUCACGGAUUCAGGAGGCUGCACUGGCUGUGGUGGAAGCACAGCAGGCAGCCGCGGAGUUGAGUGCACGGAUUGAUAAGGCAGAGGGACGGGCGGAGCUCGACUGGGCGGCCAAGGCGCGGCUCUGGGCGGAGCAGCGGGCGGCGCAGGAAGCGGCGGACGCAGCGGCGGCGGUAGCUGCGGCGGCAACAAAUAAAGAAGCAGCAGCUAACGGGGACAAGGAACCGCCGAAACAGGAUACUGCAGCAGCGGAUGCGGCGGGGGGGGCGCCGGGAACGCAACAGCAGGAUGUGGGUGCGGGGGCCGGGGGAGGCGGAGGAGGCGGAUACGGGGGGUAUGUCGCUGCUGACGGGACGUAUGUGGGUGGUGGAUAUGGCGGGAGCUCCGGGGCAGAACAGCAACAGCAGCAGCAGCAGCAACAGCAGCAACAGCAGCAAGAGCAGCAGCAGCAGCAGUACUAUCAGCAGCAGCAUUACCAGCAGUAUUACUACCCGCCUGAAAUGCACCAGCAGCAGCAGCAGCAGCAAAUGUACAUGUACCCACCUCCACCUCCUUCCCACGGCCCGCCUCUCCCCCCCCACACGCAUCCCCCCGAUCCCGCGUCGUUCUACCCGCCGCAGUACCCCCCUUCCCCGAUGCAGUACCCCCCUCCCCCCGCGCAAUUCCCCCCUACUGCCCCCGCUGGUUCGUACAACGGAGUGUACUCGGGAUAUGGGGACGCAAAUGCGCCUGACGCAGCAGCAGCGGCAGCAUCAGCAGGAGCCGGUUUUCCCCCGCAGCACGCGCACGAGCAGCACUACCAGCGCCUGCCCCCGCCACCCCCCCCUCCGCCGCUCCUCUCCGCCCCGCCUCCCGCGCACGCCUCCUCUCUCCCCCCUCCGCCCGCCCCGCCGCCAGCAGCAGGGGCGGCAGCAGCGUACGCGCCGCCAGCCAAUCAGGCAGGAGACAUGUCCGUGCUCUCACCAGCGGUGCUGGCGGCGGCCCAGGCGGCAGCAGCCUCUGCAGGAAUGUAUUUUGAUCCGGCUGUUUAUGACAUGGGAGGGGGUGGCUCUGUCACUCCUGGCGCUAAGCCAAAGAAGUCCCUCCCCUCGUGGCUUGUGGAUGAGGUCAUCAAGAAGAAGGCAGCCUUAGCAGCAGCAGGAGCGGCAGACUCACCCGCUAAAGCGCCCCCCAAGGACAAAUGGUACAACGAUAGAGGCCCUCUCGCUGGAACUGGUGCUGGCGCUGGUGGCGCUUCUCGUGCUGGUGGUGGGGGGAGAAGGGGUGUGGAGAGUGACGAUGAGGAGGAGGACGAGGAGGAGGAGACGGAGGUGCAGCGGCGGAUGGCGAUGAACAAUGAGAUCAAGCGCGUGCUCACAGAAGUGCUGCUUAAGGUGGGUUGGAUGUUGAGGGCAGUCGCAUGUGAGGGGGAUUGCACGCACUGCUGCCAGGUGCAGCGGCGGAUGGCGAUGAAUAAUGAGAUCAAGCGCGUGCUCACAGAAGUGCUGCUUAAGGUGGGUUGGAUGUUGAGCCGUGUGCUUAAUUCGCCACUACACCGUCUCUCCCCGGCCUGCCCCAUCCUCUCCCCCUUGUCCCAAACUUUCCCUCCCGCACCACCCUCCCCCUUGUCCCGCGCUUUCCCCUCCGCACCACCCUUUCCCCUCCGCACCACCCUUUCCCCGUUGUCCCACACUCUCCCCCUGCCCCGACCCCUCUCUCCCUGCCAACAGGUGACUGACGACAUGGUGAGGCGGAUUGCCAAGGAUGCUCUUAGGGAUCCCCGCGAGGAGGACGACGAGGAGGAGGCGGAGGAGGAGGAGAAGGGGAAGAAUGUCAGUGGAGGGAAAUGGGUGACAGUGGGUGAAGGGGAUGAGGAGGAGGAGGAGGAGGAGGAGAAAGGGGCCGAGGGGGAGAAGGAUGGAAACAGGCGUAUGGAGGAUGAUGAUGAGGAGGAUGAGGAGGGGGAGGGGGAGGAGGAGGACGACGAAGAGGAUGAGGAGAAGGAGGAGGAGGAGAAGGAAGAGGAAGAGGAGGAGGAAAAGGAGAAGAAGGAGGAGAAUGAAGUGGGCAAGAGUAAGGAGGAGAGCAAAGAGAAGAAAGGAAAAGCUGAUGCUGAUGCUGAUAGUGACGGCGGCAGGAGUGAAGAGCGGGGGAGGGGAGGCAGGCACGGGCGAUUAGACAAAAGGAGGCAAGCAGGAAGGGCAGGCAUCGCAGCAAGUCUCGCUCCCCGUCCCCUCAACCCGAGCAGUCAGGCAGUGGUGGAGACGAGGAGGAGGAGGAUCGUGGCAGGUGAGACGGUGGACAUGGGGGAGUGGGGAGUGAGGGUGGGCAUGUGA